CCAUCAGCAACGUGCUACAGCAGCACCAUUGCGCUUGCCAUAAAGCGGGCGCGCCUUCCUCCAUGUAAUUUCUUCCACGCGUCUUCCUUUGAUCCUGCCCGUGUCCCCACGUAGUAAACAUCACUCCCAAAACGCUUUACCACUAUGAACUCCACAGCACAAAAGCCGAUCCUCAUAGCUGGCGCCGGUAUUGCAUCACUGCUACUCGCGCGCUCGCUGCACCGCCAAAAUAUACCCUUCAUUGUCUAUGAGCGCGAUGCAUCGCUCGUAUUUCGCGCUCAAGGUUACCGCCUGCGUCUCUCGGCGGUCGGCCUCGAUGCCAUAGAAUCAGUACUCGGGCCUGAGGGUUUCGAAAGAUUUUAUGAUGCCUGCGGCAAGACUGGUGGAGCAGGAUUCGCAGCCAUCGAUCCUUUGACUGGAGAGACGUUAGGCACUGAUGCGCCGAUAGUAAGCAAGGAGCCGUUGACCAGCCGAGGAGGCAAGGUUGUGGGAAUAAGUCGAGGCGACAUGCGCAAGAUCUUCAUGGAGGGGUUGGAGGAUAAUGUGCGGUGGAGUCACCACGUGACAGGGUACGAGAAGACGGAGAACGGUGUGCGGUUGGUUUUUAGAGACAGCAGUAAGAGCGAGGAGGGCAGUAUGCUGAUUGGAGGUGAGGGCGUUAAGAGUGCAGUUGCCGGGCAACUAUCCAACGGUGCCAUCAAGGUGUACGAUCUUGGGUCAAGGGGUAUUCAUGGACAGGCACCCACUACCGCGUUCAAGGGUUUGGGCGAGGGUGUCUUCCGUCUGGUAGAUGAUACCACUCAGCCCAACGGCGGCAAGGUGUUCAUCAUCACGAACGUAAGAGCGAAUGAUAUGGAUAACCCGGAUAUCAACUUCGGGUGGACGAUGGGAGGCAGCCCGGGCGUCAUCAAAGCACCCAAUGACAAUUACACCAUCAUCGGCAAGCCUGCAGCUGACAUCGCCAAGGCGCUGACCUCGCAUUGGCACGAACGGGUAAAACCGCUGUUUGACAACAUGGUUGAGGACGAAGCAGCGUUCUGGAAGAUAACAUGUUCGAGUCCAGAAGGUGUGCCACACUGGAAAAACGAGCCUCGCAUCACGGUCAUUGGAGACGCUGUCCAUGCCAUGACGCCCGCAGGAGGCAAUGGUGCAAACACCGCUGUGCGAGACUCAGAUCUGCUGGGCAGGCUGAUUGGUGAGGCCUGGGCGCAGGGCAAAGGUGACACCUGGGAGGGAGUGACGGCUGCAUAUGAAAAAGAGAUGCGUGAGUAUGGGGGCGCUGCGGUCAAAGAGAGUUUCGGGCAGGCGACAGGGCAAUUUGGGGUUAAGCUCGACCUUGCAACAGCAUCCACCGUCAACGAAUACGUGGCUCCGAACUAGACACAACUAUGCGAUAAUUCCAAGGCUAACCCCUUGCCUCAUUUGUAGGGUUUCUGAUGGUUAUACGACAGGCAGCCCCACCUCUUGGCAGUUUUGACUCGAGGGACUGGUGAACUUGCAAGCCACCAGAUCAGCCUGCCCCCCUAAGGCUGGUACUGCUGGGUUUGCACCACACGAAUACCUACACAAAUAUCAAGAAACAAAUAUUUUCACACUUGCA